AAUAUGAUGGAGCAAAAGGAGAAAUCCGCACGAAUUGACCCCUCGAUCGAGCUGCUUAAAUUCAUCGAAGAAAAGAUCGAAAUUCUUGAGCUGCCGUUAGAACAGCCCUUCAUACGCAAAGUUCCUAAAGAAUUUCUCAAUGGCCAUGCAAAAAUCUACGAGCCAAUAUCGAUAUCCAUAGGCCCUUUAUACUACAAGAUGGAGGAAGAACCGGCGAAGGAGUUCAAGAAAUGGUGCUUGAAAGACUUCAUAGAUCGACUCAAAAAGAAAGGAUCUUCGAAGAAGGAGCUCGUGGGGGUCAUCCUCGGCAUGCAACAACAAAUUAGGGAAUGCUAUGGAGAUUUGGACCAUGAUAUGAGUGAUUUUAUGCUUGGGCAGAUAAUGCUACUGGACGGCUGCUUCAUUAUGGAGCUGUUUCGCCAUCGAGAUCUUGGUAAGGAUAUGGUUCAUGGGAGUAAGGAAAAAGUACCUUUAGUUACCUUGCAACAAGACCUCCUCAAGAUUGAGAACCAGCUGCCUUUCUCAGUUCUCAAAACUCUCGCAAAUCUGCUCGAGAAAAGUAACUCGGGUAACAACACGACAGAGGGGCUAAUAAAAUUAGCCCUGGGAUUUUUCAACAUUCCAAAGCCAAAAGAUCUUCGAACCAAACCCCGGCACCUCCUCGAACUUGUCCUAGAUGCCCUGUUCUUCACCAAAAUCCCUACUACUCAUCACAACAUUCCCGUCGCGCCUGCUUCGAGCAACGUCGGCCAUGGCGUCGAGAAACGCAGCAGCAGCAUCAUGGAGGCGAAUAGCGCGUCGAUUCUCAAAAUGCACGGCAUAACCCUGGAGGCAUCGGAUUGCGGCAACGGCCUGGCGAUGGUGGAAUUCAAGAACAGUACCGGGAAGCUCCGAAUCCCACAGCUGGUUGUCCAGGAAUCCACCCAGACAAUGUUCUGGAACCUUCUGGUCUUCGAGAUGUACUCGUGCCCGAAUUCCAGGAUCUUCACGUCCUACGUGGUGCUCAUGGACACCCUGAUCGACAAUGUCGAGGAUGUCCGGGUGCUGCUGGAGGCGAAGAUCCUGGUAUCGAGGAACAACGAUGUUAGCAGCCUGGUUUCUUUGUUCAAUGAGAUGUCGGCUUAUGUGAGCGCGACGGACUUCUACUUCGAGCAGCAGGUGCGGGAGAUGAGCCGUUAUUGCAGGUCGACAGGGCCGGCCUUGCGCGCGUGCAGCUUGAAGACUUACAAUGAGUUCAGGUGGGAUCCUCUCAACAGCGCCCUCAUAUUUAUCCUUACUAUAACUCAAACGUUGUUUUCGAUCCUCGCCUACAAGCCGAAAGGGAAUUGAUCGACUCAUUUGUUAAAUGACUAUCUCAUUUAAAAGUUUAAACUUGAAUAACAGACAUCAUUUAUUUAUUUAUUACGACAUCAUUAUUGAAUAAGUCGCUAUCUGCUAUGUUGUAUAAUAUGUUUAUUGUAUUAAAAUCACAAUAUAUUGUAUUAUACUACAUUGUAUUAAUAUAUGUU